UUCACAAAGAAAAAGAAAAAACCCUAAUGGUGCCGAGAAAGCUUCCAUCAGAUCUGGAAGAAGAGAUACUCUUUCGCGUUCCACCUCGAUCCCUCCUUCGCUUCAAAUCCGUUUGCAGAGAAUGGUACGCUCUUUUCAACAAUAAGAGAUUCCUCAACAAAAACUUUGCUUGUGCUCCCCCAGAAUUCAUGUUAAAGACGCAUACCCAUAUUUAUUCGAUUAGCGUUGAUCUCAAUGAAGAUCCAACUAUAAAAGUGAAUGAUUUGUGCUUUGAUCUACGCCGUCACCUUUAUCAUAAUCUCUAUGGGACCUGCGAUGGUUACUUCUUCAUGGACGACGUUGAUGAAGGAUACCUUGUUUGGAAUCCGUUGUUGAGACAGGCUAAAAGAAUUGCCCCGGAUGAGACUCGAUGUGGCAGGAGCAUAGGUUACGAUAGUAGUAGACCAGAAAAGAGUUUCAAGAUUAUUGGACGUAUGAGUGCAAAUUCUAUCCAUAGAGUUGCAGUCUUCGAAUUUGCAACCAAUGCGUGGAAGGUUACUCGUCGUGCAAGUUUUGGCGAAGAGUUAGCAUCAAGUAGUGACUCGUCUAGGGUCUCCCUGAACGGAAAUUUAUACUGGACAGGUUAUAAGUCUCCCGAAACUGGUCAGUAUUUUAUCCAAAUGCUUGAUUUUUCGAAAGAGAUGAUUAAGACCUUUUGUAUUCUACCGUGUAACGGGAAAAAAGGUUCUUUCCAUAAUCGUGUCCUCUCGAUUUACAAGGGAGAUCGGUUUUCAGUGUUGCAACAAUGCACAAAAACAAGAGAAAUUAAGAUUUGGGUGACACAGAAUAAAAUUGGUAAUGGGGAUGAUGGAGACCAUGUUGUGUGGAUUAACUUCAUGACUGUCUCACGACCUGACUUCCCCAUGGUACUUAAGCACAUGUCUACAAGUUACUUCGUCGAUAAUAACAUCUAUGGAAAGAGCUUCGUUCUGUUUUGUCAUAGCAAGAAACCUAAAGAAGCUUGGGUCUAUAUUGUGAGGGGAGAUAUGUGCAAAAAGAUUAAGAUAGAUGGAGUGGUAUGUAAGUUUCACUCCUCUCUCUAUGUUCCCAGUUUGAUCACCAUUUCUUGAAAGACUUUUGCUGAAGCUAGUGAACAUGCAAGAAGAUACAAGUUUGAUUUCCAUUGUGUUGCGUUCUCGUUUUAAUUAUUGAACUUCCAGGUCUAAAUU